CUCUCACUACGAAUUCGUUCGUUGGCUCGCGCGCACCUCAAGCCGCAGUCGCAGUCGCAGUCACAGUAGCCCCCACCGUCCCAGUCCCAGUCACAGUCCAGUCUCAGGCCCCGGUCGAAACAUUCUGCAACAGAAAAAACCACAACAACGUGGCCGGUCGACGCGCAUGCGCAGAGGCAGCUGGAGAAAAAAAAGAGUCCCUCCUCACAUGUAAAAAAUCUUCUUUCAACUGCUGUGGUUUCUCGAGAGUUUGUUGGUGAGGGCGGCGUGGGCGAGUGGACAGGUGUAGCGAUGACAGCGAUGUCGGCUCAAAGAUGAUCGAGGCCUUUGCGAAUCACCUGAGCAGUCAUUUGGGACGUCACCUCUUCUACUGGUCGAUUGAUACGACGGCACCGAACGGAGCCAGCAGCGGCAGUGGCAGCGGCAGCGACGGUGGGAACUACGGCCUCAAUCUGCGUCUCUCCGAGCUGAUCAACAAGUUCCACGGCCCCCUCGAGAGGGGCGUGCAGGUGCUGGAUCAUCUGCUGACCCUCGAGGAGGACGACUUCGCCGGCCAUUGGGGCAGCGCCUACGCGCACAACUAUGAGCCGGAGUACGCGGUCCGCGUGCCGGAAAACGAGGAGAUGCCCCCGCCCGAACACAUCGAGACGCUCAAUAAUGGCAACAUUCUGCUGCACUCGCCGCCGCACAACCAUCAGCAGCAGCAGCAGCAACAACAGCAGCGGGCGGGAGCAGCACUCUCGCCACAGGCCGGAGGCGGCGCCUCGGGCAGUGCGGCCGAUCAGAAUAUCCAGAUAACCCAACCCAUAAGCGCCCCAUCCUCACCCCUGGCCUCGCCCGGUGCCCUCAACAUCAGCAGUGUCGGCAGCCCCACGGCCUUCUGUAUGCCCUCGAGCUCGGCAGCAGCCGCUGCCAUUUCGGCUGCCUCCGCUGCCGCUGCCUCAAAUUCAACCCCCACUCCCACUAGCGGCAGUGGAUCGUAUGUUUGUUCAGCUGGCGGCACCAACUGGCACUAUGCGGCUGUGGGCGCCUCCAAUGCCAUCGACACGGCCGAUCCCAACUGGCAGGCCAGCAAGGCGACGGUGCUGGAGCGGAACGCGGCCAUGUUCAACAACGAACUGAUGUCGGACAUCAAGUUCAUUGUGGGCGAGGAGUUCGAUAUCGAUCCCGUUCAAACAAUACCCGCGCACAAAUACAUCCUAGCCACGGGCAGCUCGGUCUUCUAUGCCAUGUUCUAUGGCGGUUUGGCGGAGAACAAACAGGAAAUCAAAGUGCCUGAUGUCGAGCCCACUGCCUUCCUAACGCUGCUAAGGUAUCUCUAUUGUGAUGAAAUCAAACUGGAACCUGAACACAUCUUGGCCACUCUGCAUGCGGCCAAAAAGUACAUUGUACCGCAUCUGGCACGGGCGUGCGUCAACUAUUUGGAAGUGAAACUGACGGCAAAAAACGCCUGCCUACUUCUCAGUCAAUCGCGUCUUUUCGAGGAGCCCGAACUGAUGCAGCGUUGCUGGGAAGUGAUCGACGCCCAGGCCGAGAUGGCGGUUAAGUCCGAGGAUUUUGUGGACAUUGACCUCAAGACGUUCGAGUCGAUAUUGUCGCGCGAGACCCUCAACUGCAAGGAGAUCCAUCUGUUCGAGGCAGCCCUGAACUGGGCCCUCAACGCCUGCGAGAAGAUGAGCAUCGACAAUACGCCCCAGAACAAGCGGCGGCUGCUGGGCCAGGCUCUGCACCUGAUACGCAUUCCGACCAUGACACUGGAGGAGUUUGCCAACGGUGUGGCCCAGACUGGCAUCCUUUCGUCGCAGGAGACCAUCGACAUGUUCUUGCAUUUCACCGCCAAAAUGAAACCGAAUCUCGGCUUUCCGACGCGUUCGCGUGCGGGCCUCAAGACGCAGGUCUGCCAUAGAUUCCAGUCAUGUGCCUAUCGCUCGAAUCAGUGGCGUUACCGCGGGCGCUGUGAUUCCAUUCAGUUUUCAGUAGAUCGCAGAAUCUUCAUUGUGGGCUUUGGUCUGUACGGCUCGUCGACGGGCGCCGCCAACUACAACGUGAAGAUUGAGCUGAAGCGCCUGGGCAGGACACUGGCCGAGAACGACACGAAGUUCUUCUCGGAUGGGUCCAGCAACACGUUCCACGUAUUCUUCGAGAAUCCCAUACAGAUCGAGCCGGAGUGCUACUACACCGCCUCGGUCAUACUCGAUGGCAACGAGCUGAGCUUCUUUGGCCAGGAGGGUAUGUCCGAGGUGCUCAUGGGCAAUGUGACAUUCCAGUUCCAGUGCUCGUCGGAGAGCACCAACGGCACUGGCGUGCAGGGCGGCCAAAUACCGGAACUGAUCUUCUACGGACCAACCACAGUGACGGCCUUAAACUCGCCCACCAAUUCGGUGUGUGCCACACCAAUCGCGGGAGCGGGUGGAGCCACAGCAGCUGGAUCAGCGACUGCCGUUGCAAAUGGCAGCAGCAGCGGAUCGGCAUCGACAGCUGCUGGCAACAAUGUAAACAGCUCCGGGGAGGAACUCGGCGGCGGUGGCGGCGCCGGCGAUGGAAGCACCUGAUGUGCACAGCUCUACUGCGCCGAAUGGCAGGGAUCCUGCUACUAUCGCCAGCAGCAGCCGCACCAGCAGCAGCAACAGAGGAGACCAACACAGCAAUAUAAGACACAACCACAAAUACAAAAUAGAAACUCAUGGGUUUUCAGUGCAACACAACAAAGCAAAUUGGAGUUUUAGAGGAAACGAUAUAGCAGAUAUAGACGUAUAUACAGUACAGUUAGUACAUAUAGAGUGCUCUAGUUUUCGUAAUAGUCCUAUAUAGUCAUAUAUACAUAUAUACACACACGUAUAUAACCAUACAGUCCUAUAUAUACAUCGCUACAGUGCGUUUCAAAGCUCUUGGACAAGGAGAAAUGGUUUGGAUAAGCUCAAGCCAAUAAUUAUUGGUAGACUUCCAUCGGCAGAGAGUUCUAGUUCGUUAAAUAUUUCAUAGAUUCGUUUCGUUAACUGUUUUUAGCCGGCCCAAGGCUCUGAAACGCACUGUACCUAGUUUGUUGGCAUAUAUAAAGAUAUUUUCAAAACAAAACAAGUUGAACAUAUACACCCAGACCUACAUAUAUAUAGAUACAGAUACAGAUACGAAGUAGACUCGAAAACUUAUUACGUUCCACAACUUGAGAGGUUUGCAGAGGGCGAGAGGUGGGAUAUAAAGCGGCGCAAUAUAUACUGACAUAUAAAUGCAAUAAGCAAGGGAAAAUCGGGCAAUCAGUCAAGCUAAAAUUAAUCAAUAUUCUAAAGUUGAAUGCGAAAAUGAAUAACAGAUAUUUUUUGCCAGCAUAUACCUAACAUAUACUAUACAUCUGAUCUGAUACUGAUACUGAUAUAUACACAUAAAAACUAUAUAUAAACUAUAAAGAUAUACUUGAGAAGGAAGUGAGGAAGGAGAAGCCAUGUUAAGAGUUGCAUUCGACGAAUUUGACAGCAAAGUUAACCAGGUUUAUGAAAUACGACAGAG